AUGCAAUAUAUUGAUGGAGAUCCUCGAAGACCAAACAAGAUACAUCGACUCUCAUCAACAAUUUCCAGAUCUAAUGGGGAUCAAAUGGUUGAAAUCAUGAACUUUCUGGGAAUGGUUUUAAGUAUAGUUGGCAUGAUGUGGGAAAGCAAGUGGUGUGCUUGGAUCGCUGUAUUUUGCGUAGUCGGAACCUUCGCAAAUACAAAGGCUUCGGAGGAAAUAAAGCAGCUAGUUUCAAUGUCCUUGCUUUCGAUAAGUGUGCUUGUUGUAUGCUAUGUUCAUAAUCCCACGCCACUUACCUUGCAAAUCUAG